UUCCCUCCCGGUUUAAAAGAUGUUGUCUCUGCGGAAAUGGCAUGCCCUCCGUCUUAAUGUGGUUGCGAUCAUGAGCUGUGUAACCUCCCAAGAAUAUGUUGUCAAACAAAAUGGAUGCCUUUUUAGGGCACAAGUCCACAAGAACAUAUUUGGGCUGUAUUAAUGGUUGAGAUAGCUUUGGUACAUUCUAAUGUGGAUGCUAAACAAAAUACAACGUGUUUUAGGUGUACAAGUACUUAUUUCUCAUGAUUAAUGCUUGAUUUAAGUUGUGAUAUGUUGUGUUCUGUUUUGUCAUAGCGUCCAUUUGACCUUUUGUUGUUAUGGGGGAUCAUUUAGUUACUUUUUUGUUAGAAGUACAAGAUCUUAGUUCUGAUCUUAGUAUGAUGUAACAUGUUAAAGUUUGAUUUUUCAUAGCAGCUAUUCAACUUUCUAAUGUUGCGGGGUAUUAUUUUGGUUAAUUUUAGGUCAUCAUCGUAAGAGAGAUAUUAUGGUUUUUAUUUACCGUUUAGUGACGUAGAUGCAAUGCUGAAUAUAGUCAUAGCCUUGGGAGUUAGCUUUCAUUACUUAACAUAACUAUAGCUAUUUCCCAUGCGUUGCAACAUGGGCAUAAAUAUUCUAGUGGUUCAACAUCAAUCAUGUCAGACGUAUACCUUACACUCACCGUAUUAUAGAUUUUGAUAAGAUUCAAUUUGAUUUGAGUAAGGGUAGGGGAAGGCAAGGAAAGUUUUGGUUAGUUGAGGUUUUGGUAAGCUUUGAUUUGAUUUGGGUAUUGGUAGGGGAAGGCAAAGAAAGUUUUGAUUGAGUUGAGAUUUGGUAAGAAUUGAUUUUAUUUGAUUUGAUUGAGUUAAUGCAUGACGUGGUUUUGGAAAGUACCGAUUUUAUUUUGAUUAUUUCAAGUUACCAUAUUUAUGUUGGUUUUUUAUUUUGUGCGGCAUUUGUUGAGAUUAACAAAACCCAAAAGGAAACCAAAGUGGAGGGGGAGGCGUGGGAGAAAAAAAACCGGGGGAGGAGGUGGAGGUUUCUUUGUCACAAUUUGGAUUGCCGCUGUAAUGUUCAAGUCAAAUGAUAUAUUGAAGAAGCAAACAGCACUGAAGGGUGAGAGAAAAAUUGCUAUGCUUGUUGGAAUCACCAUAAUCUUCAUGGUCCAUGUGUUUGGCGUCUAUUGGUGGUACAGGAACGACUAUCUUCUUAGACCUCUGUUCAUGGUUCCUCCAAAAGAUAUACCACCAUUCUGGCAUGCAAUUUUUAUCAUCAUGGUUAACGAUACAAUGGUCCGCCAGGCAGCGAUGACCGUCAAGUGCAUGCUACUUAUGUACUACAAGAACAGCAGAGGCCGUAACUACCGUAGGCAGGGACAAAUGCUAACACUUGUGGAGUACCUUCUGCUUCUAUAUCGUGCUUUAUUGCCGACUCCUGUUUGGUACCGUUUCUUUCUGAACAAGGAAUAUGGGAGUCUGUUCUCAUCUUUAACUACUGGGCUAUACCUGACUUUCAAGUUGACUUCAGUAGUUGAGAAGGUUCAAUCAUUCUUAUCUGCAGUGAAAGCAUUGUCACGUAAAGAUGUGCACUAUGGGUCUUAUGCGACAGCAGAACAGGCAGUCGCUGCCGGUGAUAUGUGUGCCAUCUGCCAGGAAAAGAUGCACGUUCCUGUUCUCCUUCGCUGUAAACAUAUUUUCUGCGAGGACUGUGUCUCUGAAUGGUUUGAGCGAGAACGAACUUGCCCUUUGUGUAGAGCAUUGGUAAAGCCUGCUGACAUUCGGUCAUUUGGUGAUGGUUCUACAAGUCUCUUCUUCCAGUUGUUUUAGAGCCCAAAUGGCAAACCCUAACACAUAACAAUCGAUCACAAGCAAUUGGCUAUAAGAAAAGUCCAGGUGGAAGUCCUUUGUUCUUUAUGAUGUGGCACCAUCUUCCCUGUGUGGAAUGAGGAUACUGAGAAUGUUUGUGAAAAUUAUCUCAUUGCAACCAUCCCAUUCAUGCAUAUGUUCAAGCAAUGGUUCGGGUCAGUUGCAGCAUCUGCAUAAAGUUUGCAAUAGAAGGAAAUAUAGCUGGAGGAAUCUGCUCCUGCGAAUCCUGAAGUGCCGGACCACAUCUUGCUAUUGACUUGCGUAAUGUAAAUUUGGUAACAUUUUUUUACAAAAUUGAAUGCGUUUUGGUUUAAUUCGAGCUUGCAAGUUUUGCAUGCUAGCAGAAUUCUGUUUGAGAAAGGGGUAGAAAUGUAACCUGUAAAGCUGUGAUAUAUGAAAUGUUGAGAGCCUAUACAUUGUACUAUUUACAAACAGUAAAUAUUACGAGGACCACAAUGUUAACACAUGUCUUGUUCUGAUAA